GGUCUCAUCUGUUCCUAUAUCGCUGACACGUCAGGCCUCCUGGCGGACCGAAGGGAUUGAAAUACCGGUAGUAGCUCCUGUGGAUCUGCUUUGCUUCUUCGAGUGACCUGUCCUUCACAGAACACAAUAUGAAGAGCUGGCUCCUGACGAUCCUGGGGGUGUACGGUCUAGCGGCCGUAAGCCAUGGCCUGUAUUUCCAUAUUGCUGAAGGCGAGCGAAAAUGUUUCAUCGAAGAAGUUCCGGAAGAUACGCUGGUGGUUGGGCACUACAGAUGUCAAUUGCACGACCCGAACACCGGAGGUUUCAUGCCCUCCUCUCCUGGAAUCGGUAUGCACGUCGAAGUUCGUGAUCCCGAAGAGAAAAUCAUCUUGUCAAAAGUAUAUUCAUCCGAAGGUAGAUUCUCCUUCACAUCUCCUGCCCCGGGAGAGCAUUCCAUUUGCUUGUACUCGAAUUCAUCGAAAUGGUUCUCCGGGAGCCAAUUGCGGGUCCAUCUAGACCUGCAGGUGGGAGAACACGCGGUCGAUUACGCUUCGAUCGCCCAGAAGGAGAGACUUUCGGACCUCCAAGUGCGCGUGCGGCAACUCCUGCUCCAAACAGAACAAAUCGCCAAGGAGCAGAACUAUCAGCGGUACCGAGAGGAACGCUUCCGGCAGACUUCGGAGUCAACAAACUCGCGAGUUCUAUACUGGGCUGUUGCCCAACUCGUCCUGCUCGUCGGUAUGGGAGUCUGGCAAAUGAAACAUCUCAAAGGCUUCUUCGAAGCCAAGAAACUCGUAUGAGCGCAAAGUGCGACACCGAUCUGGAGACGACAAAGCUGCGAGAAACGGAAUGAAUGAUAAUGAUGAAGAUAAUAAUAUGUAUGUAUCAUUUUAAGAACGUUUAUGUAAGUAGGAGAUGUCAAAUAAAAUCUGAGGAAGCCUUUAUGACCGGACGAGGUUGCUU